AUGGCUGAAUUGAUUGUUCCAAAGAUAAUUGAUCAAUUGAGUGAUGUUCUCGUGAAGCAGUUUGGGGAGAAAGUCAACCUGGUGAUGGGGGUUGAAGAGGAGGUUGCAAAUAUCUCCUCUAAGUUGGCAACCAUUGAAAAAGUGCUGCAUGAUGCAGAGAGACGAAGGCUGAAGGAGGAACCUGUGGGAAUUUGGCUCGAAAAGCUGGAAGACAUAACAUAUGAGAUGGACAAUGUGCUGGACGAAUGGAACUUCAAGAUUCACAGAGCAAAGAAUGAGGGAACUCAUCAGAAUGCCAGAAUUCAGCCAACAUUGUGGAUCAAGUCAAGGAAGAAAGGGGGUUCAAGUUAUCUCUAUAGUAGGGGUCGGGGUAGUGGAAAGACCACACUUGCCCAGCUACUUUUCAAUAAUGAUAAAGUGAAGAAUCACUUUGAACUUAGAAAUUGGAUCUGUGUAUCAGAUCCUUUUGACCAGAAAAGGAUUGCGAAAGCUAUCCUUGAGAAUGCUGGUUCUCAAGAAUCAGAGUUGGAUCCUUUGAUCCAACGUAUAAAAGAAACUUUUUCUGGUAAGAGAUUCCUGCUUGUCCUAGAUGAUGUCUGGACAGAGGAUGACUCAAAGUGGGAACCUUUCAAAGACUCUCUUAAGGAUGGGGCUUCCGGAAGUGUAAUCUUGGUGACAACCAGGAGUCAAAGAGUGGCCAGAGUGAUGGGAUCGACUGAUACUCACCGCUUGAGCCUGAUCUCUGACUCCGAUUGUUGGCUAAUAAUGCAAAGGAUAGCAUUUGAUGGAAGAUCAAAGGAUAGCAUUUGGGGGUGUAAGAAAGUGGAAAGCAUUGGGGAAAAAAUUGCGAAAAAGUGCAAGGGCUUGCCACUUGCUGCAAAGACCAUGGGAAGCCUGUUACGGUUCAAAGAUACCGUACAGCAGUGGCAGAAUAUUUUGGAUAGUGAGAUAUGGCAAUUGGAGGAAGCAACUAUGGAACUUUUCCCUCUUUUGUAUUUAAGCUAUAACGAGUUGUCCCCGGAGCUGAAACAUUGCUUCUCCUAUUGUGCUGUCUUUCCCAAAGAUCAUUCGAUAUUUGUAGAAGAGCUUAUUGGGAUGUGGAUAGCAGAAGGUUAUGUUCGCCCAAGGCGAAGAGGUGAGCGCUUGGAACUGGUGGGCCAUGAGUACUUCGACAAUUUGGCAAUGCGUUCCUUUUUUCAAGAAUUACGAAAAGUUGAGUUCUUUCUAGUUCAUGAUUUUACAUUGUGCAAGAUGCAUGACAUAGUACAUGAUUUUGCACAAUUUCUCAGAAAAAAUGAAUUAUGUCAUGUACUUGAUGGAAUUGAUUAUGAACAAGGCAUUGGAAGAAAUUCAUCUAGUGAAAGAGCACGUCAUCUAACGUGGCUUGGCACUGAGAGGAUGUUUAGUUCUCUAGUUGUUGAUUUUGGAAGGCUCAGGAGCUUUUUUGCUCUUCCACGUGGAAGAGUAGUGCCCCAAGAUUUGUUCUGCAGUUUGAAGUGCGUGAGGACCCUGGCUUUAUGUGAUUGUGAGAUAGUUGAAAUCCCAGCCGAGAUCGGAAGUUUGAUUCAUCUUCGGCACUUGGACUUAAGUUGGAAUCCUUUUGUGACACUGCCAGAAGCUAUAUGUGAUCUAUAUUAUUUGGAAACUUUUGACAUCACUAUGUGUAGAAAGCUUUCAUGCCUUUCUCAAAGGAUUGAAGGCCUUGUACACUUGAGGCACCUUUUCAAUUUUGGGACCUCUGAAUCACUUCAAAUUCCACAAGGACUUAGGAAGCUUACUUCACUUUGUACUUUGACUCAGUUCAUCACCAGGGGCAACUCUGAUGAUUUGGCAAUUUUGAAGGACUUGAACCAACUGGAAAGAUUGAUCAUUCAUAUUCAUGGAGAAGUAGAUUUUGGGAGUGCUGAACUUGGAAAGAAAAAAAACAUGCGUGAAAUGUCUUUGUUGUUUAGCAAUAGGGUCCACUUUAUAGAAACUCCAAGUUGCAUUGAAAGCGUGGAACCACCUCCAAACUUGCAACAACUUGCGCUAACUCGCUGUCCAGGAAACGAGUUACCAAGUUGGCUUGUGACGACGUCUCUUGUCAAUAACUUGACGAAGCUAAUUAUCAAUGAGGCCUACAAUAUCUCAUCCUUGCCUGCCUUGUGGAAGUUGUCGUCCCUAGAAGAACUUGGGCUCAUUGGAGUGGGAAAGCUAGAAUGUUUGAGUAAGGCAUUCUUUGGAAUUACAAAAGCAGUGCAUGAGAAUAGUCAUGAAACUUUUGAUGCAUUGUCAAACUCUGAGCCAUCAUCCUUAACUGAAGCAGUAGCAUUUCCGAAUUUGAGAAAAUUACGAUUUUCUUACUUCCAAAAUUGGACAAAUUGGGAAGACUUAAGUGAAGAUGAUGAAGAACUUGCUAUCUCUAUCAUGCCACAUCUGGAGGAGCUAAAAAUUUAUGAUUGUGAAAAGGUUGAAAUUUUGCCACAUCGCAUCCUCGGAAGGAUAUCAUCUCUCAAAACAUUGGAUAUUCGGAAUUGCUUCAAGUUGAGUGAUCGUUACUCUAGUAAAACAGGAGAUGACUGGAUAAAGAUAUCACACAUUCCUCGAGUUGACAUAUCUGAUGAAUAUUAAUCCGCUCAGAUAAUACUCGUUGAUGGCCCAAAAUUGAAGCUACAGCAGGAGGCAUUGGAGGAUCAAUCCCUACGGCAACUUUUCACUUAGGUGCAUUUAAAAUUCAAAUAAUUGCAAAUAUGGUUGAAGAGCCACAUCCAUAUGCUUUGUUUAGAAUCAUUUGUUGAAACCGUUUGUAUCCUUAACAAUUUCCAGAUUGACUUUCAAGUGUGACAUAACCAGUCUUUGUUUCUUCAAA